AUGCAUAUACUACCGGGUCUGCUGCCCAGCAGUGACUUGACGUUCAUGUACUAUUUCACACGCUUCGAUCUCUUUGGUGACAUUGUCUACUCGAUGUACGUCACCUACUGUAUAUACUAUAACUACUACAAGUGUAUAUCGACCGAUCCUGGCUCGCCAUCAUUGGGCACAAAGGGUCACGACUAUGACAUUGAGGAGGAUGUCUCAUCCUCCUCGUCCACUGGCGAACCAUUGACGAUCACAGUCUACAGCGAUAGUAUUACAAGUGAUUGGUCCUACUGCAAGAAAUGUCAACAGCCCAAACCACCUCGUUGUCAUCAUUGCAACGUCUGUAACAAGUGUGUCUUGAAGAUGGAUCAUCAUUGUCGUAUGUACACAUUCAUUGGUAUACCAACAACAUAA